CUAACCGUGUUUUUGAAAUGUAUUAACAGAAUUAAAAGCAUUGAGAAUGGCUGCUCAAAAAAUCCAGCUUCUUCACAUUUUUCUAUUUUCGAUGAUUUCAGGAGUGAAGACAGACGGUCACAUUUCCCCGGCUCUGCUCAUCAAACGAAUGAAAAAUGGAGCUUCAUUUUCAAUAAAUUGUGAAUAUUCAUCAUCCCAAGGGACCAUUGUGGGCACCUACAUCAAAAGAAGUUUUUCCAAUCCCAUCGAUUUGAUCUAUGUCCACCCAGAAAAGAUUACAAAACACAAGUCAUAUGAAAAACGCCUUGAGUAUAAAGGAGAUGUGAAAAACUUCACUGUAACCCUCAACAACGUUCAGGAAAGUGACAUAGGCAUUUACUAUUGUGUUUUUGGAAUACGAAAUAAAGAACUCAUAAAAGAUAGCUUUGGACAAGAGACAGUAUUACUAUCAGAGUCCAAGUUGAAAGACUGUGAAACCGAGUGCGCAGAAGCAAUAAAUUGUGCAGAACUUUUAUAUAAGGAUCCAAUCAUGAUUGGUGUGAUUAUCACUGCAAUAGUUGCUAUCAUUUGUGCGCUGAUUAUGAUACUUUGGCAUGCAAGAAAAAGAUGCCAACCUGAGAAGCCAACACGUGGGAGAGCUCCAAACUCAGUAUAUGAAGACAUGAACCUAGUGCGAACUCAAAGUGUGGGACGUUAGUUAUCAGAUGAAAUGUGUUGACUUCACAUCAGGUCACAUUAACCUGGAGUGUGGCCAGUCUUCUUCUUUUAUUAUUUGAUAAUAUGUUUAUGUGCGGUAAUAAAAUUGUACAUUUUCACACUCUUUCUUGAAAUAUACGAGGUUUGAUAAAGUAUGUCAUUUGUUUCACCUUUUGCCUGCUUUGUAGAAUAUACUAAUUGUAAAGGUAUUGAUGGAAAAGCGCACUAUUUGCUUGGGAUGGGGUUGCUGAGGGUUAGAGUUAUUUGUAAAGCUAUUUUAUCAUUAAAAUAUUAUUUUUCUCUCUUCUCA